AACCGACCUAUUUAAAUAGGCGCAUUGAACAUUUUCCUUUAGUCCGUUCAAGAGUUUGGUUCACUGCUUUACCGAGAGCUCUUAAUUGAAUUCAAAAUGAAUUACAUCGUGUUGCUGUCAGCCGUGCUUGGAUGCGCCAUGGCUCGCCCUCAAGUCCUCCAACUUGCACCUCUGUCGCAGUUGGAAACUUCGGCUUCGGCUUUGGCCGCUGCCUCGGCGUCUUCGUCUCAGCCUCAGCUCUCUUUGUUGCAGCUGCUGCAGAGAGCUCCCCUGAGUGCCGACGGUCGCGUCCUUGACACACUCGAGGUGAGACUAGCUAAAGCCGAGCAUGAAGCUGCUCACCAACGCGCCAGAGCCAACCUGGUCAAUGCUCGUGCUUUGGGUCUUGCUGCGCCUCUCACUAGCUCGUCGGUUUCGGCUCAGUCCAGUGCCUCAGCCUCGUCGAGCCGAACACCCUCUCCUCUUACCGUCAAUACUCUGGAAAACGACCUUGUAAGGGCCGCUCUUGGACUCGAACGUCGUGAACCUCUCAGACUCACCAACGAAUCUGUUCAAUCGCAGGUACAAAGCCAAACGCAGCAACAGCAACAGCAACAACAGCAGCGUGUGGCCGACGCAAGCUCCCUGUUGGACGCAACCCGCCUUGCUCAGAGGAUCGCCAGUCUGACUCCGCUAGGCGUAUCUGGCACGUCUCGCGCUCAGAUCGUCGAGAGCAUCGCCAGACAGCAGCAACAGCAGGAGCAGGCCCAGCGUCAGACCCAGAUUAUCCUGACCCGCGACGCCCAGCUCGAGCCCCGUGCCCCCCUGCGACUCGUCAACACUGUUGAUGGACUCGUUUUGGUUUAAAUUUUUUACUUAACCUUAAUCACUAUACGAAAAAAAUUUAUCGAAUUUUUCAGAAUGUAAUUUAGUAGUUUGCAAUCUUAGACGAAAAUACUCUUUUCUUCAUAAUCGGUUGAACGCAAAAAAAUACACUUACCUAAAAAAAGCAAUGGCACAGAGAAACUAUUGAAAGUUUUAAUUUUUUCUAGAGAAUAUCAGUUUGUCUAAUUAUUUUCAAUGAAUAAAAUUAUUUGAUUCUAUAUUCACAGAUUUGAUUUCAUUAAAAUCUGCUUUAAAUAAAAUUGAACCUUGUCGGAGAUUCAUAUACUAGAUAAAUAUUUUUCUCUCCGAUAAAUUUAUGCAAGAAAUUGCUCAAAACUGUUUGAUCGAGUGAAACAUCGGUCAUCAUUAAAUAAAUACCCAGUUCACAAUGUAUCUCAAUUAUCAAAAAUAAUCUUCGCGAUUUCAGCGCAUUCGUACGAAUGAACGCGAUCAUUCAGCUUCUACUAAUCAGUAAAAUAAGUGAAUAAUUAAAUUGAAUGCGAGCAUAAAAAAAAGGAAAGUAUUAACAAGACUAAGACAAAUUACGUAAAUCAUAGACAUAUUGCGUCCGAAGUUUGCAUAUAUUACUUGUAAACAGCUCUACACGCAGCAAUUUCAAGUCUGCGGAUAAGUAUCAUUGUCUAGAAAGUCAGACAGACGUGUUUCGUUUAUUAUUUGUAAGUAUAUAGGCAACGCUCUGAAUGAAUUUAUCUACAAUAAAAAUUAUGAAUAGCAAAAAACGUUCGAUAAUUAUAUCAGGUCAAAUGUGUAUGCUUUUGUAGGAUAGAAUCCGAAUCCAGUGAAUAAAUUUUCAUGCAGUCAAGAA